AUGCCCUACAUCAAAGUGAAGCAGCUGAAAGACCUGCAGGAGACCCCUGCCGAGCAGCCGCUCAUGCGGAACCUCCUGCUGAUGGACGGUUACAAACUGAAGCUCACAUGUAAAGUCUGCUCUGAGACAUACUUCGGAGCCUCGACCGCUCCAUCAGCCCGCGAAUUCGCCCGAGUCCAUCAGAAUAUCCACAGCCAGAAGUGCCCCAUCUGCCCGAAAAGGUACCUUCGUAAAGAGAGCCUAUUGGCCCAUCUCUCCGACUCCCACAGAGGCGACUGUUUCUUCUGCGAUCACUGCCCUCACGCUGUUCGUGACAAGCGCGUUCUGAUAAAACACAUGCAGCACAAGCACUCAAAGCUCAUCAACAAGAAUAACACAAGUGGUAAAUGCAAAACCCUGAAGCAGCUUAGAAACCGACAAGUGGUUGUUUACCAAAAUCGCUUGCCCCAGAUGCCAGACACUAGCAUGAAACGACUGAGGAACCGCGAUGUUGUGGCGAGGGAGGAGAACUUUCUCUGUCAAGACUGUGGAUACGUGACAAAAGACAAGGCCAAGUUGGACUAUCACGCUGGUAGAUACCACAAGCAGCAGAAAUACCCGUGCAAGAAGUGCAAGAAGGUACUACUGACGCAGGAGGGCUUCGAGAAGCAUGUGGAAAGCCACAAGCUUCCACCGAAGACAUACACCUGCGACAAGUGUGGAAAAACAUUUGCGGGAGCGUGGAAUCUCAGGAAGCAUAUUCUGUCACACAGUGGAGUCAAACCGCAACAGUGUACAAUUUGUAAAGGCCGAUUUUCGUCGAGGAGCUCGUUGAGGCAACACUUGUUGACACACACGGGGAAGAGGCCGUAUGAGUGUGAUAUCUGUGGCAAGACAUUUGUGCAGAAGCCAGCUCUGACAGGACACCGCAGACAACACGGUGGAAAGCUACCACCCAUGCCCAAAGUGUAUAUUGAUUCUUUCAUUAAGGAGGUCGCACCCAGUGCUAUCAGUCAUCUCUCGAAGACACCGGGGGAGCAUAAGGAUGAUGAGGUGAACUUUGAAGAUUUCAAUGUCGAACAUUAG